AUGACGCAAAGUGGAAUCGGAGCAGCAAGUGAGACUGAUGUUGCGGCACUUAGUUCAGGGCAAUCAUUGGACUUUGAUGACGACACAUUGAAAGGUAAAGACAUUCACUACUGUUAUUUGUUGAUCACCAAAAUCAUGUACGACUCCCUUUUUGGCGUGUUAAACAGAAAAUUUAGUCUCAUAUCACUGUUACUACGUAGUGACCAUCUUCACUGACAAAACCUAGUAGGAAAUAAUCUUGCUUUCUAGAAAUAAGUGUCAAACAAAACUUUGCAAACCUUUGUAUUGACAGCGCUACCCAAAUCAAACCCUGACGGGAGGGGUUGGUAACUAGAUGGGAGAUCAGCAGCCAUAUUCUGUCCUGAACACUUUCAUUCUCUUCCUUUUUCUUUUUUUUAAAUUUCAUUUCAUUGAACAUCCUAUUUCUAUGACUAAUGUCAUGGUUUACGCUAUUCAUAAGGUAACUAUUAACACCCAAAGAAAUAGCGCUCAGGUUUAACGACAUUUCAAUCUGCUUCGUUGUCAGCUAAAGCAGAAGUUUACAAGACUAAAGGUAAUGAAGCGUACUUGAAGGAAGAUUACAGCAACGCCAUUUACUUUUAUACUGAGGGAAUAAAAGUAAACUGCAAGAACAGAGUUUAUGACGUGCUGAAAGCGUUUGAAUUUAACUACAUUCUAACUCAAAACCAUAACCGGCGUUCUUUGAUCAUUUACCUUAAUUUUUUCAAACUUUUGGAAACUAUGCAAGAAUGAAAUUGAAGCUUAGAAUUAGGAUCAAUAACUGAAUUCACAAAGUCACAUCAUUUCUAUCACAGGACUCUCGAGACUACGAAAACAGAACUGACUUGAUCAACUGGAAAUCAGCAAUCACCCUUCAUUGUCCUUUUGCGAUGUUGACUGAUUAUGACAGUGGCGGUCAUGAUCAAGUUUUCUAUGUUUAACAUUUCAGUUAUAAUUUUCUGUUUAUCCCGCCAAGCGCUUUUUCGAUAGAAUUGAAGAAAGGGAGCAGGCUUGUGUCGCUGAAUAUUCUAGGUUUACUGAUUUACACUAUUUUCACUAAUUCAGGAGCGAAAGCUUUAACAAGAUUGAAUCUGUUUAAGCUGGCGAUCACGUGGUGUGAUAGAGGAUUAGCAGUAUCCUUUUGUUCAUUUCAUUCCUGCAUCAUGAUCAAAAGAUAG